AGUUAAUGGACGAAGCAACUCCCAUGAAAACUGUCCGUCUCACACACAUCAGGUGUGCUAUUAUUCUUUGUGAAAUUAUUUACAGAGGUAAAAGAUAAUUUGAAAAAGUUAGCCUUUUGCAGCAAAAUUUGAUUAAUCUUCUUGACUUCGUCUUAAAAAGACGCUUUAAGUAAAAAGUAACUAAAAGUUGUUACAACUAGGGGAAGCUGUUGCUGCCCGCUCCCUAACUCUAAGUUGUUGACACAUGUAAUCGUAUUACUAAUAUCCUAGUUACAAACAUGGUAAAUCGGCCAUGAUACAUAGAUUUAAUUUAAAUUUGAAAGCGAAAUUAUAAUUUUGAUCCUUUGAAUGUGUAAACGAUUUUAAGUCACCACAGCUAUUAAAUCUAUAUGUCAGCGCAAAUAAUACAUUUAUUAAACUAAUACUGCUGUCUUUGAACUUCACUCUAACAACAGCUAAUAAAUUCCUUACACUAACUAAUUUAAAUUCGUUUUAUUUUUAAUUUUUUGUAACGCUAGUUGCUUAAAAAUUGUUUGAAGUAUAUGUAAUUUUUCUACUUCCAUUUUAUUCAGAUGGCUAAUCUUCUAAAGCAAGCUAAUUCUGAUAUGGAAAAUUUUGCUAUCAAAGAAGAUAACCUGAAAGACUUUUCAAAGAAACAAAGAAAAUCUUUAUCAACAAAAAAUUGUCAUAAAAGGGCUGAAGAAUUAAACCUCCUUACUGAAAUCAGUGUCCAACCAGAGAUUGUGCUGCCAGAUACAAAGAUAGGAUCUCAAAGUAUUUCAUAUGAAGACUUUCUGCAGCAAAUUUCAAAAGAUGAAACAAGCACCAAAAAAUCUAAAAGGAAGGAUGAGUUGAAAAAAGUAGACACAGUUGUUGAUCAGACUAAGAGAUCAUUCUCUUUGAAAAAAAGUGGCCCAUCAAUAAAUAAAUCAGUGAAGUCACAAGAAGAAUCAAAAACUAAUCUGAAUGGAUCAGCCGUAUCUUAUUCAGACUUCCUGAAUCUGUUCAAGCCUCCCCCCAG